CUUCUUUCUCUUUAUAUUUUUAAAUUAAUAACCUAAAAAAAAAAAAAUAUGAUACCUCGACCUCUUUUAUUGGUGCUUGUUUUAUUUCCAUUUAUUGUAUCAGCAUCAUUUCUAGUACCAAUAUCCUCUUCAUUAGCGAAGCAUCAUAAAACAUGUUCAGAUAUUGAAUCACACGCAGAUCAGUGUGCAUUUGUUCAAACAGCUUGCCAGGGAUUUAGCGGUGUGUUUCUAAAGUUCUAUUACUGUUCCAGUUUAUGGAAACCAGUUGUAGUAGGAAUUAUGCUGUCUGGAUUAUUACUUUUAUUUGGUGCAGUUAGUGUUGUUGCUGCCGACUUUUUUUGUCCAAAUUUACAAACGAUUUCUUCAAGACUUCAAUUAUCUGAAAGCAUGGCUGGUGUAACCGUGCUUGCUUUUGGUAACGGAAGCCCGGAUUUGUUUAGUACCUUUACUGCAAUGAAUAGUGGAUCCGGAUCAUUGGCAAUAGGUGAAUUAAUCGGAGCUGCUUUUUUUAUUGUGUCUGUUGUAUCUGGAUGUAUGGGUAUUAUCCGACCUUUUCAAUCCAAGCGAAUUACCUUUAUGAGAGACGCGUCCUUUCUUACGGGAGCCAUCAUGAUUCUGACCUGGAUAGUGUAUCAUCAAAGGAUUUGUUGGUAUCAUGGUAUAAUAUUGAUCGGAUAUUACAUCACGUACGUAAUUGUUGUGGUAAUGGGUGCCUAUCGAUUUCCAGGGGCAGAAACACCCGCUUUGCGUGAACAUAAAUCAGUUGCUAUGGAGCAUUGUAAUACUGAAGAACUCUUGACCGAGACCUCUCGCUUGCUAAGAUCCCCCUCAGGUCCACUUCGUUUGGAUAUUCCCACUCAUGGCUUUGGGGAUCAUCAAGGUCAUAUUAUUCGACCCGUGUCUCCCAACUCAUCUCAUCUGUCUAGGCGCUCCUCUUUACAUAUUGCAGAUUCUUACUUUCCCCGCACUACCAGUACCAAUGGAUCUAUUUCCUCUCGUCUUUACAAGCAUGCAAUGUCGCCUCGUGUUGGUAUCAGAACAUCCGUCUUUGGCGCUAUCGAGUUUCAAGAGCAGGUGGCGAGUAUAAAGCGAGCCAAUAGUACGCAUUCAUAUCAACCGGCAGCUCGUACUAGAGAAAACACAUCUGAAUUGAGACAACGGCCUACACAGGUAUCAGUCCCGUGUAUUACGUCUGCAAGAAGACAGGAGAGUGCAGAUCAUUUCCUGAACACGAACUAUAACAAUCAUGUGCAUUUGAAAGCAACUACUCCUGAGAGUUCACAUAGUACGACACAUGGUCUGAAUGAUUACUUUACCUACAUUUGUGAAAACCAAAAUAAUCGACCCUCUACGCAAACCACGCAUGAAUAUGAAGAGGAUCCCCAAAUUCCUCAGAUUCGACUUGCACCGCCCAUCUUGGAUGACAAUGAACAAAGUAUCAUGACGACACCUGGAGUGGAAGAUAAUGCGAGUCUUCAUGUACACACGAUACCUCAAGUGAAUAAAACAAGUGAUAUCAAGGAAACCCUAUCAUCGUACGCAUCCUUUUCUCUAUUGUUGGAUGAAAUCUGUUUUGUCCUGUUCCCUACGUUAUCAGGGUGGAGUAGUAAAACAACCUUUUCCAAGUUGAGUUCAUUGGUGGCUGUCCCACUUGUGUUGAUAUUUACCUUGACUUUACCGAUUGCAGAAUCAGAUGAUGUCAAGGUAGAUGACAUUGAAGUGAUGAACGGAGGAGCAACUGCUGCAGAAGACGAAGAAGUAGUGAAUACAGUAGGAACGCCUCAAGUGGUUGUGAUUGGAUCAGAAGAAGACUAUGCACGCCCACUUUGUCAUCAAAAGAGCAGUUACUUGACGGUGCCAUCAUUACGUAGUUUAUCUGAAAUGAUGAUUACCGAAGAAGAUGCAGGCGUACCACUUAUUUGGUGUCGAUGGUUAGUUGCAGUGCAAGCGAUCUGUGCCACCACCUUUGUCACCAGCGUCAUGGCAUUAAAUGGGUUUGUUCCACCUGCGGCUAUUUUAGUAGGUACAUUGAUUGGUUGCGUAUUGGCAGGUGCUGUCUUCCAUCAUACAAGAGCUGAUGAAGCACCUCAAUGGCAUUGGAUGUUAUCCUUUGUUGGGUUUGUGAUUGCAUUGAAUUGGAUAUUUUUAUUGGCCAAUGAGAUGGUAGGAUUGUUACAAGCGUUAGGCACUAUUUUUGAUAUCAGUGAAGCCAUCAUGGGAUUGACCAUCUUUGCAUUGGGUAAUAGUGUGGGUGAUUUGGUAGCAAAUACGGCGAUUGCCAAGAUGGGAUUUCCUACCAUGGCUAUAUCUGCGUGUUAUGCAGGUCCAUUAUUAAAUAUGGUGCUUGGUGUUGGUAUUUCAUCCACGUAUCAGACAUGGAUCACGGGCAAACCUUAUGAGUUGGAUAUUGCGCCCACUAUUUUAAUUUCCUCUGCUGGAUUGAUUACGGUGUUGCUGAGUACGUUGAUUGUGGUGAAUAUCAAUGGAUAUCAUAUUAAUAAGGAACUUGGGUGGUGGAUGAUUAUUGUGUAUUCAACAUGUACCAUUGUCAAUAUCUUGUUGGAAUUUCAUGUAUUCAAGUAAACUCAAAAAGUCUGUGACUCUCAUUGGGGAAACGCCAUCUGUCUUGUCUUGGUAGAAUGAUCAUACAUCCCUUUUUUUUUUCCUAUUAUAAUUAUUAUUUUAAGCUUUAUCCCCUUACUUUUUUUCUAAAAAAAAAAAAAAAAACAAUUAUGCUUUUCGUUGUAUAAAAGGAGGUGU